AUGACCACCCCUUCAGAUACCUCAGGUGGUAUGUCCCAUCCUGGCCCUUCUCCGGGGGCAGGUCUAUCACCAGGGCCCAUCUUGGGCCCCAGCCCUGGACCAGACCCCUCACCAGGCUCUGUUCACAGUAUGAUGGGACCCAGCCCUGGACCUGGAACACCCAACGCACCUCACGGCAUGCAGGGACAAAGUGAUUACUCUCAGGAUGGCAUGUAUCCAAUGCACAAGACCAUGGAGGGGAUGAAUGACAAGACCAUGGCAGAUGCGAUGCACUUUGGCCAUAUGAAAGGUGUGGGGAUGAGGUCCCUGCAUAGUGGUAUGGGGCCUCCGCAGAGUCCUAUGGACCAACAUAGCCAAGGAUACAUGUCCCCCCAUCCGUCCCCCAUGGGUGUCCAUGAGCACGCCUCUAGUCCCAUGUCAGGAGGUGGAGGUGGUGGGGGACCCACACCACCCCACAUGCCUCCCUCCCAGUCAGGUCCUAUGAUGCCCAUGGAUCCCCAAGGAGCCAUGCCCAGUAUGUCCACCAUGGGCCAGCAGGGGCGGGGACCAUCUGCUUUCAGUCCGGUCCAACUGCAGCAGCUCAGAGCUCAGAUCCUGGCCUACAAGAUUCUGGGGCGUGGGCAACCCCUGCCUGAAAACCUCCAGUUGGCUGUUCAGGGCAAGAGGAGCUUACCCACAAUGCAACAGCAGCAGCAGCAGCAGCAGCAACAACAACAGCAGCCACAGCAGCAGGCACCUGGUGCUAGUCCUUACAACCGGCCUGCAGGUAUGCCAAUGGCACCUAUGGGUGGUCCCCAGUCAAGUCCUUGCCCUACACCAGCCAUGCAAGGUCACAAUCAAAGUGCAGGACCCAAGCCUUGGUCUGAUGGUCAGGGUGGUGAAAAUCAAGCCAAUGCUCAGAAGCACCUCACCCCAGCUGUUAGUGGACGCCCAUCUCCUGCACCACCUCAGGCCUCCACUGUGCCAGCUGGACCCAUGCCAGGCAGCUCGGUGACUCCUCAGCCUCCCGGGCAGCAGGUGUCUCCCAUGCUCCAGAUGCAGCAGAAACAGAACCGCGUCACACCAGUCCAGAAGCCUCAGGGCUUGGACCCAGUUGGGAUCCUGCAAGAGCGAGAGUACAGAUUGCAGGCUCGGAUUGCACACCGAAUCCAGGAACUGGAAAGUUUGCCAGGCUCUCUGCCCCCCGACCUGAGGACUAAAGCUACAGUUGAGCUCAAAGCACUACGCCUACUCAACUUUCAGCGGCAGCUAAGGCAAGACGUGGUGGCAUGUAUGAGGCGAGAUACAACACUGGAGACGGCCCUCAACUCUAAGGCUUACAGACGUAGCAAGCGGCAGACGCUGAGGGAGGCACGUAUGACGGAGAAGCUGGAGAAACAGCAGAAGCUGGAGCAGGAGAAGAAGCGCAGACAGAAACAUCAGGAAUAUCUCAAUAGUAUCCUUCAGCAUGCUAAAGACUUCAAAGAAUAUCACCGCUCAGUGUCCGGUAAAACCCAGAAACUCACCAGAGCUGUCGCUAACUGGCACACCAACACAGAGCGGGAACAGAAGAAAGAGACUGAGAGAAUCGAGAAAGAGAGGAUGAGAAGACUUAUGGCAGAAGAUGAAGAAGGCUAUCGAAAACUAAUUGACCAGAAGAAAGACAAGCGACUGGCCUACUUGCUGCAGCAGACUGAUGAGUAUGUGGCCAACCUCACCACCCUGGUGUACGAACACAAAGCUGCUCAAGCUGCCAAGGAGAAGAAGAAGAAGAAAAAACGAAAGAAGAAGGUGGAUGGAGAUGGUGAAGGCACCAGUGCCAUUGGACCUGAUGGAGAGCCCAUGGAUGAGAGCAGCCAAAUGAGUGAGCUGCCAGUCAAAGUGAUUCAGACCGAGACUGGGAAAGUUUUGCAGGGAACGGAUGCUCCAAAAUCCAGCCAGCUGGAGGCCUGGCUCGAAAUGAACCCUGGGUAUGAAGUGGCACCGCGGUCAGACAGCGAGGAGAGCGGCUCAGAGUUUGAAGAGGAGGAGGAAGACGAGGUGGCUAAGGCAGAAACGGAGGAGAAGAUAAUUGGUCCAAAUGGAGACAGAGUGAAUGUGACGGCUGCCAAGCACAUCAUCGAGUCAGCCAAGCAGGAUGUGGAUGAUGAGUACAGUGUUCCCACUGGACAAACCAGCUCUGCAUCUUAUUAUGGAGUGGCCCACGCUGUCAUAGAGAGGGUGGAGAAACAGUCAUCUCUGCUGAUCAACGGCACACUCAAACAUUACCAGAUCCAGGGGCUGGAGUGGAUGGUGUCCCUGUACAACAACAAUCUAAACGGCAUCCUGGCUGAUGAAAUGGGUCUCGGUAAAACCAUCCAGACCAUCGCUCUUAUCACCUACCUGAUGGAGCACAAGAGGCUCAAUGGUCCCUUUCUCAUCAUUGUUCCUCUCUCUACUUUGUCCAACUGGGUCUAUGAACUUGACAAGUGGGCACCCUCUGUGGUCAAAAUUGCUUACAAGGGCACCCCUGCUUUGCGCCGUGGGUUUGUGCCUCAACUCCGCAGCGGGAAGUUCAAUGUCUUGCUGACCACCUAUGAAUACAUUAUCAAGGACAAGCAAAUACUGGCCAAGAUUCGUUGGAAGUACAUGAUAGUGGACGAGGGGCACCGCAUGAAGAACCAUCACUGUAAGCUGACCCAGGUGUUGAACACCCACUAUGUGGCUCCCCGCCGCCUUCUCCUUACUGGUACACCGCUGCAGAAUAAGCUGCCUGAGCUGUGGGCCCUGCUCAACUUCCUCCUGCCCACCAUCUUUAAGAGCUGCAGCACUUUCGAGCAGUGGUUCAACGCCCCUUUCGCCAUGACAGGAGAGAGGGUCGACCUGAAUGAGGAGGAGACCAUCCUGAUAAUUCGGCGUUUGCAUAAGGUGCUCCGCCCCUUCCUCCUACGCAGACUGAAGAAAGAGGUGGAGUCUCAGCUGCCAGAGAAGGUGGAGUAUGUCAUUAAAUGUGACAUGUCUGCUAUACAGAAGGUUCUGUACCGCCACAUGCAGAAAGGCAUCCUCCUCACUGAUGGCUCAGAGAAAGACAAGAAGGGCAAAGGAGGAGCAAAGGCCCUGAUGAACACCAUCAUGCAGCUGAAAAAGAUCUGCAACCACCCAUACAUGUUCCAGCACAUUGAGGAAUCUUUUGCUGAGCACUUGGGCUAUCCAAACGGCAUCAUCAGUGGGCAUGAUCUGUAUCGAGCUUCUGGGAAGUUUGAACUCUUAGAUCGCAUCUUGCCGAAGCUACAGGCCACCAACCACAGAGUCCUGCUCUUCUGCCAAAUGACCACACUCAUGACAAUCAUGGAGGACUACUUCAGCUACCGCAACUUUCUCUAUCUACGUCUCGACGGAACCACCAAGUCUGAGGAUCGAGCGACGCUGUUGAAGAAGUUUAAUGAGGAAGGAUCUCAGUACUUCAUCUUCCUGCUCAGUACCAGAGCUGGUGGCCUCGGCCUCAACCUGCAGGCUGCCGACACUGUCGUCAUCUUUGACAGUGACUGGAACCCACACCAGGACCUUCAGGCUCAGGACCGGGCACACCGCAUCGGUCAACAGAAUGAGGUGCGUGUGCUUCGUCUCUGCACCGUCAACAGUGUGGAGGAGAAAAUCCUGGCAGCUGCCAAAUACAAACUCAAUGUGGAUCAGAAGGUCAUCCAGGCAGGCAUGUUCGACCAGAAGUCCUCGGGCCAUGAGCGCCGUGUCUUUCUUCAGGCCAUUUUGGAGCAUGAGGAGCAGAAUGAGGAAGAAGAUGAAGUACCUGAUGAUGAAACCCUUAACCAGAUGAUAGCCAGAAAUGAAGAUGAAUUUGAGCUCUUCAUGCGCAUGGACAUGGACAGACGCCGUGAGCAUGCCAGGAACCCAAAGCGUAAGCCCCGUCUCAUGGAGGAGGACGAGUUGCCAUCUUGGAUCAUCAAAGAUGACGCUGAGGUAGAACGGCUGACGUAUGAAGAGGAGGAGGAGAAGAUGUUCGGCCGAGGAUCGCGCUGCCGCCGGGAUGUGGACUAUAGUGAUGCGCUGACCGAAAAACAGUGGCUACGGGCCAUUGAGGAUGGAAACUUGGAAGAGAUGGAGGAGGAGAUCCGGCUGAAAAAGCGCAAACGCAAGAGACGUCAGGACAAGGACUCGUCGAGCAGAGAUGAGGGGAGCUCCAAGGCCAAGAAGAGACGUGGGCGUCCACCAGCUGAGAAACUCUCUCCGAACCCCCCCAAGCUCACCAAGCAAAUGAACACCAUCAUCGAUACAGUCAUUAAUUACAGAGAUGGGUCAGGAAGACAAUUAAGUGAGGUCUUCGUUCAGUUACCAUCCAGGAAGGAGCUCCCAGAAUAUUAUGAGCUAAUCAGAAAACCUGUGGACUUCAAAAAGAUCAAGGAACGUGUGAGAAACCAUAAAUACAGGAGUGUGGGCGACCUGGAGAAGGAUGUGAUGCUGCUUUGUCACAAUGCCCAGACCUUCAACUUGGAGGGAUCCCAGAUAUAUGAGGAUUCCAUUGUCCUUCAGUCUGUGUUUAAGAGUGCCCGGCAGAAGAUAGUCAAGGACGAAGAAAGUGAUGAUGAAAGCGAUGAGGAUGAUGAGGACGACGAUGAGUCCGAGACUGAGGCUAAGUCUGUGCGUGUUAAGAUUAAGCUCAGUAAGGAAGCACGUAGCCAUGACAAAGGCAAGAAGAGACAAAGCCGAGGAAAGGCCAAGCCGGUGGUCAGCGACGACGACAGCGACGAAGAACAGGAUGACAAUGAUCAGUCAGACAAGAGCAAGAGUGAUGAUGACUGAGCGCAAGGAUAUUGUUUAUAGCACUUAUAAACAAAAGGACAAUAGCUUCCAUUUGUUCAGGUUCAUUGUAUUUUUUUAUUUUUUUUAUUUUACUUUAUUGUCUGAAAUGUGUUGUUCCUCCUCCCACCAGCUUGGAAAUGUAUUACUAAUAAUCAAUAAGCUACAGCAAAUACCAGCUUAUAUCAGCUUAUUCCUGUUUUUAAGACACUUUUGUAGUAUUUUUUAACUCUGUGCUUUAAAGAUUUAAAUUCUGUUUGGAAAAAAAGAACAAAAAAAGAGGUCAUGUUACAUGCGCUUUUGCUUUAUUUGUACUUGCUUGCUUGCACUUUUAGAAAAUGAAACUGUUUUGUGAAAUUGUAUGUGUGUGUGUGCGUGUGUGUUUGCGCGUUGCCAAGGACUUCCAAGUUAAUUUGGAAAGUUUGUGGUGAUUAAAACAAGGCAAUCAAUCAACCUUUAGACUUUAACUUUGUGCAGUGCCAAACGUUGGAACAUGGAGAAACUGAUUGUUUGUUAAACCCCUCAUGUGACCAGUGAUUGUCCAGUCAUAGCUUAGUAAGUGUAACUAGGCACAGCUUUAGAUGUCUCCACAUGUUGAAGUGGUGUGGCUUUUUAUUUUUCCCCCAGCUUUUCCAAAAGUAAAAAUUUAAAAAAAAAAAAAAGAAAAGGGGAAAAGUUUGAAGAGUACUUAAAAAUGUGUACUUAUCUGCUCUUACAUAAGCUGCAAAUAUUUGAAAGUCCUAUGCAAAUAAAUGAAAAUGUAUUUUUAUCACAGAUAUUAAUAAUACAUACAGUAGCAAUCAAGCAUUUCUUCCAAGGACAAGAAGCUCAACAUUAACUGCGGUAUGUUAAUCAAACACUGCAGUCAUUAGCAAGUCCAGCUAACUGUCUUACAGAAGUAAUACCCAAAGCCAAGAAACCCAGCUGUAACUAACUAGGUUACAUUAUUUUUUUGGGUAAACUGGAUGUAUCAAUACAACUCUCUGCUGAGUGGAAGCUGGUCCAAGAUGCCAUCAGAGUUAAGGCUAACGCCCUGCUUUUCGGUGUCUAAAACAAUGGACCCCAUUAUUUCAAAACUUACCAAGAAUUUGGACGGUGAGACUGCUACAGUAAUUACUGACAACUGCUCCAUGGAAAACUUGACAGAUGUAGCAUCAGUAACUCCAAAGGGUGGUGCUUAGCCAACAGUCACUUGAGAGACAACACGGUUUUGAGAGGAGAAACAAUUUAUUGAGUCUGUCUUACAGACAGCAGAACAAAAUGUCAGUUGUAGCUCAAUGACUGAUAAAUGUAUUGAAUAUUGCCAUGAAUGCUAGCUGCAUUUUUAAACUGCUUUUAUUAAGAGAACUGUAACCUUACAUUAUAUAUGCGGCACAUCAUUUAGCUAGGUCCAUGUGUUUCAUGUUUUCUUUCUUCUAAUGCUUUGCUGAUUUUGCUUAUCACAGCAGAAACUUUGAACUCUGUGUGAACAUGAUUUUCUUACUCAGCAAAGGAGUGUUUGGGGUAUUUUGAUUGUGAAGCUGUCCUUCAGCGCAGUAUUUGAUUUUGGCACCAUGUUGCACCAUGCGAUCAUAAACAGAUCGCAAAGAAGUGUGGGCUGGAUUUUUGCAGACUAUUAUAGACAGUAGACUGACGGCGAAUAUUACAAAUACAUUAAAAAAAAAACUGCUAUGGGAUUAAAAAUCAGUUUUGAAUGACAUUGAAUAUAACUAUAUUUUGAAUGGUGUAUUGAGUUAUACAUUUGGAUUGAGGUGUGUUCCUCUAUGUGCGUGUUCCUGUAUUAGUUUAGAGUCCUCAUUUUAUUGGUUUAGCAUGAAGUCUGCUGGCAAUAUUACUGUGUACAUGCAGAUAUAUCAUUUUUGUCUGUGUAAAAUGUGCUUGCCGACUCUCCGUAAGUGUGACUUAAUCUUUGCUUUCUUUGCACAGUGUCUUUGUGGUUGUAUAUCAUUGCCCAGGGCAAAUAAAAUCACACAAAUUUUCAGCACAACAAAA